AUGAAGAACGCAGAACUGUCGCAACUUGCGACAGCUUUGGCAGCAGAAGCUUCCAAAGACAAGCCGGAUUUCAAGACUAUUGAACCUCUUCUCGUUAAUCUUAACAAGCAUCUCACACUACGAACUUAUGUUAACGGAUACUCGAUCACCGAACUCGACAGCAAGAUUUGGGUGGCAAUUCGAAGCAGCAAACUUGCUAAUUCUUUCGUGAAGAAAGGCACUUCCGCAAACCUAUCGAGAUGGUUUGCGUACCUUGAACAAACGCAUCCAGAAAUCCAGGAGGAGAUCAAGGCUAAAGAUGAAGCUGAACGGGCCAGGAAGGCAAACUUGAGCAAAGCAGGUGCAAGCUAUAAUAUGGCUUUGCAGGAUGUCGAGAAGGGCGUUGUGACUAGAUUCCCACCUGAGCCAUCUGGAUAUUUACACAUUGGUCAUCUCAAAGCUGCCCUUCUUAACGACUACUUCGCACACGAACUCUAUAAAGGAACAUUACUCCUACGAUUUGAUGACACGAACCCCUCCAAGGAGAAGCAGGAAUACCAAGACUCUAUCAUUGAAGAUUUGGCCCUCGUUGGUAUCAAACCAGACAAGACGAGUUAUACGAGCGACCACCUUCAAGUCUUGUACGAAUACUGCAUCCGCAUGAUAAAGGAGGGGCAUGCGUAUGCAGAUGAUACCGAUCAGGAGACCAUGCGAGACGAGAGAAUGAAGGGUAUUGCCAGCAAGAACCGGAACAAGAGUAUCGAGGACAAUCUUGCCAUUUUUGAAGAGAUGAAGGCAGGCACAGAAGUCGGACUGAAAAACGCCAUCCGAGCCAAGAUGUCAGUCGACAAUCCAAACAAGGCUAUGCGUGAUCCCGUCAUCUAUCGCUGCAACGUGGAGGUCCCUCAUCACCGAACAGGCACGGCUUGGAAGAUGUACCCAACUUACGACUUUGCUUGCCCAAUUGUGGACUCUAUGGAAGGUGUCACACAUGCCUUGAGAACUACCGAGUACACUGACCGCAAUCCUCAAUAUCAAUGGUUCCUAGAUACUUUGAAGCUCCGCCAAGUUCAUAUGUGGGAUUUCGCAAGAAUGAACUUCAUCCGAACUGUGCUAUCUAAGCGAAAGUUGACCAAGUUGGUCGAUCAGGGAGUUGUCUGGGGCUGGGAUGAUCCACGUAUGCCAACUAUUCGAGGUGUUCGGAGACAUGGUAUGACGAUUGGAGCUCUUCGAGAUUUCAUCCUCAAGCAAGGUCCAAGCCGGAACAUUGUGAACAUGGAUUGGACGACCUUCUGGGCUUCGAAUAAGAGAGAAAUCGACCCCAUCGCGCCAAGGCAUACAGCUGUUGAUAUCAAAGAUGCCGUCCGGGCUGUUCUUACCAAUGGCCCCGAAAAAGCAUACGUUGAGGAAAAGCCAAAGCACAACAAGAAUCCGGCGGUAGGCAUGAAGAAGGUUGCGUUUAGCAAGCAUCUCAUCUUGGACCAAGAAGACGUUAAGCUUUUCAAGCAAGAUGAAGAAAUCACUCUCAUGAACUGGGGUAAUGCAAUCGUCCGAAAGAUCAACGGCUCAAAUCCUAUCACCGACAUUGAACUGGAGCUGCAUCUGGAAGGAGAUGUUAAAAAGACUGAGAAGAAGGUCACUUGGCUAUCAACCGAGGGCCAAGAUCUUGUCAAAGCCGAGGUAUGGGAAUUCGAACAUCUGUUCACAAAGGACAAGCUGGAGGAAGACGACAACUGGGAAGACUUUGUGAACAAGGAUUCAGCAUCGAAGACAAAUCAAUUCUGCGAUUCGAAUGUCAAAGACUUGCGUGCGGAUGACAUUAUCCAACUUGAGCGAAAGGGAUACUUCAGAGUGGAUAAAGCCGCGAAGGAUGGGGCGGGUCUUGUGUUGUUUGGUAUUCCUACGGGAAAGGCGAAGUAG